AGCUGUUAAAAAUGGGCAAUGAGAAUAGCCAAUUUAAGGAAGGAGAAGAAAACCUUGAGCUUCCUCAUGAAACCUGAGAAAGCAAGGUCUCAGAUCAGCUUGAGAGUGCAUAUGAGUGGUAUAAAGCGAAAGAGAAUGGACUGAAAUUAUCUAAAAAUAGCUUUAAACCUAACUCUUCAAGGCAGUUGAAGGGUGAUACAAUAGAUUUUUCAUUAACAAAGCCUCAUUUAACACUUGAUCUCCCUGCUUCUAAACGCUCAGAGAUCUGCAAUGAGAUCGAUACUCCUCGGAACAUUGCAGCUGAAGAAGAAGAUGAACAGCCUACUUACACCCAAAUCAUAGUUGAAGAAAAAGAGACCUUAAUAACCGAGUCCUGAGUGUUGGCUUCCUCAGAGUAUCUCCAACCAGAGUAUAAAAUAGAUCCAACUCCUGAAAAAUAAAUUAUACGAUCAUAACAUAUCGCUUGCAAAUCCCUUGUCAGAGGUCAACAAUGACUCUAUACGAAACCAGCAGAUAGAGAAGUCAAACUACGUAUUGGGCUCUCUUACAAAUGGUGUUGCUAAUUACCAGGAGAAAAGAGUUGAAAAUUUACUAUCUGAAGAAACUUUUCAUGCGGAGAAUGUCAUGGUGUUUAACAAUAAGCUAAAAUCUAAAGACAAAUCUGAAGCUAAGGCUGAGAAAGAAGUCAAGAUUCAUAGAGACCUCUUCGCCACAGAUCUUUGGUUUACUGGUCUUGGAAUGAACAUUUUCGAGCUAUGUGAUCCUAACCAGGCUAUUAUUAAGGAAGGAGAAUUGUACCGUUACAAGCCAGGAUUGCACAAAACUUAUAUCACCAGAUGGUGCCAACUCACAACCAAAGUCUUCCGAGUUUACAAGAACCAAAUGAGUGCAAAAGGAUUCGGCUCAAAGCCGAUAGUGGCAAUCCCCUUAUAUGUUAUUAAAAAUGUUAGGAAAUGUCGCUUCAAAAUUCCCAAUAGUAGCAAGAAAAACUAUGAUUCAGAGCUUUUAGGCCAGAACCAAUUCGAGUUGAAUUAUAAGGAUGAAAUUAUCACUGAAAUUAUGAAGGAAUUUCUUAAGUCAAAGUCAAUCCCUGAAGAGGAAUAUUAUGGAGAUAUCACUGAGCGUAAAGCUGAGGCUACUAGCCAGGUUGAAGAGAGGCUAAAUAUCCUUAAGAGUAAUCUCCAAUCUAAUAAGCCAUUCAUGAUGGAUUGCAAGACUCAAACUCUUAACACAAACUCUUCAUGGAGUAGUAGGGAGGGAGAAUGGUUCUUGGCUGAGAAGAGGCUGCUCUUCAGCACCAAAAGGACCCAAGAUCUAGCAGAAUGGUUACAAUGAUUAAGGAAAAUAUUCGUACAAGAUAAAGAAAAUAAUUAAUGACAUCAAUUAAUACUGAGAAAAAA